GCCUGCGCCGGAGGCGUUCGGGCGUCCCUCCGGUCUCUGUAGUAACCGCUGGGCGUUGGCCAUUCGGCGGGCUGUGAAAGCGCAGUUCAUGGCGCCAGUGUCCAGGCCCCGUUAUCCCGACGACACCCCGGGCUCUUGGAGACGCCAACACAGCUCGUCGAGGAGCCCGCCGUUCCCGCAGACCAGACGCUCCCCUUGGGACGGCCGUUCCCGCCCUCACUCCUGCGGCCGCGAGGGCCUCAGGCCGCAGUGGGGUGGGUCGGGCCCCGGCGCCUCUUACCCACUGAGCGGCACGGGGUCUCGAGAGCGGCAGCCUGGACUCCGCAACUAUACUUUCUCGUCCCCAUCGUUCUACUAUGGCGGAUACCGCUACCAUCACCACCACCAUUAUGCGGGCGACCGCCAGUGGGCGGAAGACCGCGAGAAGGAGACGCAGGAGAGCUUUAGGCAGCGGAGGCUGAAAGAAAGAGAAAGAAUUGGGGAGUUGGGGGCUCCUGAGGUGUGGGGGCUGUCUCCAAAGUUUCCUGAGCCGGACUCUGAUGAGCACACCCCAGUUGAGGAUGAAGAGGCAAGGACUCAAAAGAGCAGCAGUUCAGAUUCCAGCUCGGAAGGGAAAAGGAAAAAGAAGACCAGACGUUCAAGAAACAAGAAAAAAAGAAAGAGAAAGUCCAAAAGAAAGCAUAGGAAGUACUCGGAUAAUAGUGACAGUAAUUCAGACUCUGACACUGACUCUAGCUCCAGUAAUGAUAAAAAGAGAGCCAAAAAAGCCAAGAAGAAAGAGAAGAAAAGGAAACACAGAGCCAAAAAACCCAAGAAAAAGAAGAGUAAGAAAACAAGAAAAGAAUCCAGUGACUCGAGCAAUAAGGAUUCAGACGGGGAGUUGCCAGAAGAUAACUGGAUUAAGCAGCCUAAGAUUGCAGAUGCCACGGAUCUUAUAGGUCCAGAAGCGCCUGUGACACACACCUCCCAAGAUGAGAAACCUUUGAACUAUGGCCAUGCUCUGCUCCCAGGAGAAGGUGCAGCUAUGGCUGAGUAUGUCAAAGCCGGGAAGCGUAUCCCACGCCGAGGGGAGAUCGGGCUCACGAGUGAAGAGAUUGCUUCAUUUGAAUGUUCAGGUUAUGUUAUGAGUGGUAGCAGGCAUCGCAGAAUGGAGGCUGUUCGACUGCGUAAAGAGAACCAGAUCUACAGUGCUGAUGAGAAGAGAGCCCUUGCAUCCUUUAACCAAGAAGAACGACGGAAGAGAGAGAAUAAGAUCCUAGCCAGUUUCCGAGAGAUGGUAUACAGAAAGACAAAAGGGAAAGAUGACAAAUAAGCGUUUUCAUAUUACAGCCUGCCUUUAAACAAUUUUUCUAUCCCCAAAAUAGUAUUUAAAAGGCUGUGUGGUCUGUUGUACCUACUUAUGUUAAUAAUAAGUCCCUCAAGAAAAAAUUGCAUUUUGAGAUCUCUUUAGAAAGCUUUUUGGUUAUUUUUAACUAAAAGUAUAUGCACAUGGUUUUCAGAACUAUCUAUGGGAGAAUCAGUAAUCUUUUAACACAGUCUCUGAUUCUUCUCUCCCAAGAAAUCUCUUUUUGCUGUCUUCUAUAUCCAUCAUAAGUUUUUAGUAUAUUGCAGGAUAAUGAUAGGCGCUGUCAUCCCCAAGUGUUUUUUGUUUUGUUUUGUUUUUAAUUCCUCUUGCCCUGACUCUUCUCUUUGGCCUUAUGAAGCCAUUCAUUUGCCUCAGGGAGGACUCAAGAACUUCAGAAAGAGCAAAGGAUUUAACUGAAUAUAUGCUUCUGGAAUUAACCUGAGGAGUAAAGACGGUUUAGCGGAUAUAACUAAGAAGUCCAGCAGGCGGACAGGUUUGCUGCCCAGCUUUAAUAGGACUAUGGCUUCUUUUUCACCUUCAGCUUCCUCUUCAGGCUGGUUUCCCUUAAAUAACAAGAGGGCUGCCAAAGCUCCUGAGUUAGAUUUUAUAUUUCCUGGUCCACUGCUGAAAAGAGAAAGAAUAUUACUGUCUUCAGAGUCCAGAUAAUCCUGAGAGUCUGCCUAAUUUGGAUUAGUUCUGGUCACAUGGCUACCCACAGUAUGCUGUUGCCAGGGAAACAAUCACUUAGACCAAACCUGGUCUGUUUAUGGUCUACAUGGGGAAGGAGAGGAUACCUGAAUGAAAAGCAGGGUAAUGUCAUUACCAACAAAUGCCAUGACAGUUUGGAAUAAUUUUUUAAAAGCAGUAAAGUAUGUGUGCCAGAAGCCAAACAUUGAAAAAAGGUUUGGCCUUGACUAUUAGAGGUCAAGUACCUGAUUGAAAGGAAUAUGGGGUUUCUCCAUAGAAAUAGGAAAAGGUGGAGAUCUGGGGUGCCUGAGUCUUCCAAAGAGUAGAUUAGGUGCCACAAUAGACUAGGAGGAGAAAUGAAAAGGUAGAGGGGGAAACAGUUGGCAGAGCUCUGGAGAAAGAUCAUAUUAGGAGGAGACAUAUGGUCAAGAGAGUUAGCAUUGAGACUGGCUAAUCCUAUGCUGGGAAAACUAGAAUGUACUCUAUUCAUGAUCUGUUGUCACUGGGUGACAGCUGCCUGAACCCUGAGACUUCAUAACAAUAAACAAUCUCAUUUGGGUAAGCCCCUUUGCAAAGCUCAAGAUCCUGGUAAGCCCCACAGAGCCAAAGGUGAGGGGGUGGGAUUCUAGAAUCUGGCAGGACAGUGUUAUGUAAAAGGGGGCUUCACCUCAACAUGAGGCUUAAUAGCCCAAUACAUUGGACCACACUAGCUUGAGAUUUUCAACAAAGGUUGGAAACUCUGGUGGAAGCCACCUUGUUACAAAUACCUUAUCCAUGUUUAGAAACAAUACCACACAGUACACAAAUAUCUAUACCUUGCUUUUUCACUUAACAAUACAUCUUGGAGAUGUUUUUUAUCAGUACAUAUGAAAGUACCUUGUUCUUUCAAGUGAUCUCACAGAGUUCUAGUGUGUGGAAGUACCAUAUUUUAUUGAAUAUUUAAGAUGUUUAUUUUGUUAUUACACAAUACUGUAGUGAAAAACCUGUGUAUUAUCUAUAUCAUAUGUAGAAAUACUAUUACUGGGUCAAAAAAGGAUCCUUUGGAACAUGUAAAAAUGGUCACCUGGUAGUGGAAUUAUUGGAUCAAAGGGAAAAAAUUUUCUAGGUAGUUUCUUGGUGCUAAGUAUAGAGUUCUGUAUUAGGGGGAAGCCAAGGAGCAAGUUAGAUUUGAUAUCUGUCAUCGGAUAUUUUACUUUCUAAGGAGACACAGACUUUAAAAAGUUAACAGAUACAUAUAUAAUUUACUAACAUGCUGGGAAGGAAAUAAGAGGCUGGAGACAGUAAUGGGGGAUGUUUUUGAUAGAGUGGUGAGGGCAAGUCUAAGAAUGUCAUAUUUAAACUAUGCCCCCUGACAUUUUAACGAUAUUGCAACAUUGCCUUCCAAAUCAGAUGUACCAGUUUCCAUGCCCUCUUAUAUCACCACCAGUAUUGUACUUCUAAACCUUUUGAUCUUUGCAAAUCCUCUAGGUGAAAAUGGCAAUUAAAAAAUGUUCAUUUCUAUAAGAGUAAAGUUGAGCAUGUUUUCAAAUAUGAGUCUCGCAUUUUUAAAAAAGAUUUAUUUAUUUAUUUUAUACAAGAACCAGGGUGCAAGCCAGAUGUGCGGGAGGGUGAGAGAGGAUUCACCAGAGAGAGCGGGAAAUAGAACAGGCAGACUGACGAAAUAUAUUGCUGAGGGGAGCAGCAGGUGAGACAGGAGGGGUCUGCCCCGCCAUGUGGGGCCCUCGCCGGCAGGCCAGGAUCCAACCGGCACUGCAGAGGCUGCGGACAGUUUCAUAGCGCUGUGUUCAACUGCCUGCGCCACCAGAGGAGGCCCAGAGUCUUGCAUUUUUUUCUGGUGAAUUACCCACAUUAUAACCUUUGUCCAUUUUUGUUGGCCCUUUUCUCAUUGCUCAUAAGCAUUCUUCAAAUAAU